GGGCGCUCACGGAACUUCAGCAUGGCGGUGUUUGCAGAUUUGGACAUAAGAGCGGGUUCCGACCUGAAGGCUCUGCGCGGACUCGUGGAGACUGCCGCUCAUCUUGGAUAUUCAGUUGUUGCCAUCAAUCAUGUUGUUGACUUUAAGGAAAAAAAACAGGAAAUUGAGAAACCCAUAGCUAUUUCUGACCUCUUCCCAACUUUCCCAAUUGUACAGGGAAAAUCAAGACCAAUUAAAAUUUUAACGAGAUUGACAAUUAUAGUUACUGAUCCAUCUCACUGCAAUGUUUUGAGGGCUACUUCUUCAAGAGUCCGGCUGUAUGAUAUUGUUGCAGUUUUUCCAAAGACAGAAAAACUAUUUCAUCUUCUCCAGGGGAUAAGGCAAAGAUUAAAGAUCAUCACAGAGAGUGGAUCUACUGGCCAUGCCUCCUUGGGAUCAGGGACAACCGUGGAAUAUUACAGAGAGAUAGAGAGUUGCCAGGUUGCUUGCACUCAUUUGGAUGUGGAUUUAGUCUGCAUAACUGUAACAGAAAAACUACCAUUUUACUUCAAAAGACCUCCUAUUAACGUGGCAAUUGACCGAGGCCUGGGCUUUGAACUUGUCUAUAGUCCUGCCAUCAAAGACUCCACAAUGAGAAGGUACACAAUUUCCAAUGCCCUCAAUUUGAUGCAGAUCUGCAAAGGAAAGAAUAUAAUUAUAUCCAGUGCUGCAGAAAGGCCUUUGGAAAUAAGAGGACCAUAUGAUGUGGCAAACUUAGGGUUGCUGUUUGGACUAUCUGAAAGUGAUGCUAAGGCUGCAGUGUCCACCAAUUGCCGAGCAGCACUUCUCCAUGGAGAAACUAGAAAAACUGCUUUUGGAAUUAUUUCUACAGUGAAGAAACCUCGGCCAUCAGAAGAGGGUGAUGAUUCUCUUCCAGCUUGCAAAAAAGCUAAGUGUGAAAGCUGAAAAGAAUGGACCAGUCUCUGUCAGCACUACUUUCUUCCGUUUUGUAGGUUAUCAUCCACAAUAAAAAGAAAAUUUUGCAUGA